AUGGCUAUAGCGAUCUCCUGGGGGACCGUCAAGUCCCUCCUCAUCUUCUUCGGUCCAGUCCUCCUCCCACGCCUGAUCACCGCCUAUCGGAGUCUGCGCGUCUCUAUCGCCAGUCGACCCCCCGCCCGACCCCUCCCCGCCGCCGCCGGCCGGGCCCUGAACAUCCUCUUCGGCGGCAUCGUCUUCUUCCUCCUGCUCAGUCUCCCCUUCAACCCCCACGCCCCAGAGCCCAACAUCUUCUCUCUCACCCGAUCUCGCCUCAACACACCCACCGAUGUCAUCUUCCACCGUCUCUCCCGUCUUCGGCCAUCCAGCCUCCUCACCGACGCCGACACCCUCCUCCAAUCCAAGCUGACCUCUCUCGGCGCCCGAAGAGUCUACCUAACCUUCGGCCCAGACGCUCUGGUCUCCUGCCAAUUCUGCUCCUACGAUGACCUCACCACCUAUCUCCUCUACUACCUACCCUUCCACAUCCUCCUCCCGCACCUAGGCCACCUCCUACUCCUAGGCAUCGCGACCUCCGCCCCGAUCGCCGGCCGCGAUGCCGCCCGCUGGCGCAUGAAGUUCACACUCGCCGGCCUCGCCCUCGCCGCCAUCGACAUCUACAUCCUCGCCAGCUACGACGCGAUCAACGGCGCCCCGCCCGCCGUCCGCGCGGGCCAGAAACCGCCCACCAGCCUCUACAAUCAAAUCACGCUACUGCGGCCGCUGGCGAUCGUGCCUCCUUCGUCGGAAGAGCAGAUUGAUGGCGCGGUUACUCUGGCCGUGCAGGCAUUGACGGGGGCUAAUACGAAGCUGCAUGCGAGUAGCGUGACGCGUAAUGCGGUGGUACGCGACAAGACGCUGAAAAAUCGGGAUGAUUUGUAUUGGCAGACGAUGGUGGCUUCGGAGAGCCCUGGUGGCCCUGGUGGGGACGGGGAGAUUCUCAACAAUAUUUGGGAGGAGGAGGAAGUUGCGCGGGCUAUGUCGCGGGCGAUGGCUGGACAGGGAGGAAUUGAUCUGGCUCAAUUGGGGGUGAAUGCGAAUGAGUUUGUUCGAGGAGUGACGGAGGGUAUGUAG